AUGAAGUCGGCGCAUUUCUUUACAGGCAUCUUCGCUGCGCUUACUCAAGCAGCACCUACUGUCGACGAGACAUACCAAUACAAUGGACCUGAUGUUCCCAUCGGCGAUUGGGUCGAUCAUACGAUUAAGGGCGAUGGCACCGGAUUCAUUCGUCUAGUUGAACCUCCGGCUGUGAAGCCUGCCCAUGACAAGCCUACCAACAACGUCAAUGUCAUCUCACUGUCAUACAUACCUUCACAGUCUGGAGGCGACACUGUUGGCAUCAAUAUCCACUAUCAAACGCCUUUUGGUCUUGGCCAGGUACCCUGGGUCAACUGGGGAGUCAGUAAUUCGUCCUUAGACAAGGUGGCUCCCGGCUCGACCGUAACAUACGAGCGCACGCCUCCAUGCUCUCGCGUUCACGUUACCCAAUGCAGUCAGUUCUUUCACAACGUGCAGAUAGAGAAUCUCCAACCAGGUACAAUGUAUUUCUACCAAAUCCCUGCCGCGAACGGUACCACUGUAUCCCCUGUUUUGAACUUUACAACUGCCCAGGCGGUAGGGAACCCAUCUCAAUUCAGUAUUGCCAUCAACAACGAUAUGGGGUACACGAAUGCAAAUGGAUCGUACUUUUUCAUGAACCAACACAUGAAUGAUGAGGACGGCCUCGCGUUUGUCUGGCACGGUGGAGAUCUCAGCUACGCGGAUGACUGGUACUCCGGUAUUGUACAGUGCAACUCAUCGGCUUGGCCUGUCUGCUACAACGGCAGCAACAGUUCCUUGCCCAACAACGACACCAAUCCCGAUUAUUUUGACACACCUCUGCCCGAAGGUGAGAUUCCCAAUCAAGGCAGCCCUCGUGGUGGCGACAUGGGUGUCCUCUACGAAUCCAACUGGGAUCUUUGGCAGCAGUGGAUGAACAACAUCACUAUGAAGAUCCCUUACAUCGUCCUUCCCGGCAACCACGAGGCCACGUGUGCCGACCAUGACAACACUCCAUUUGUCCUUUCGUCGUAUCUCAACGAGAACAAAACCGACACCCCCAUGUCAGGCGAUAAUCCCAACGCCACGCUGACAUAUUAUUCAUGCCCGCCUUCACAACGCAAUUUUACGGCUUUCCAGAACCGCUUCUUCAUGGCAGGCGAUAAGUCGGGGGGCGUCGGGAAUUUCUGGCAUUCAUUCGACUAUGGCCUCGUUCAUUUUGUAUCUAUCGAUACGGAAACGGACUAUGCUAACAGCCCAGACAAGACAUUCCGUGAGGAUGUCCAGAAAGCUAAGAAGGAGGAAGACUGCAAAGGCAAGGACAAGGACAAGGCUAAAUGCAAGCCUGAGAAGCCCGAACCGACUGGGUAUCAGUGUACUAAAAUCGACUUAUGCGAUGAGUUUGAGACGGAUGACUUGGAGGAAGAGACAUAUCUUCAGUCCGGGAAAGCGCAUCCUCUGCGAAACGAGACGCAUAUCACAGAUGCAGGUCCUUUUGGAUACAUUGACGGCUCCGUCAAGGAUAACAGAGCCUAUCAGCAAUAUCACUGGUUGAGGGAGGAUCUUAAAAAGGUUGAUAGGUGUAAAACACCCUGGGUUAUCGUCAUGGGUCAUCGUCCCAUGUACAGCUCCCACGACGCCAGCAACUAUCAUCUGCACCUUCGCGAGGCAUUUGAGGGGUUGUUUUUAAAGAACAAGGUCGAUUUGUACAUCGCUGGACACGUUCACUGGUAUGAGCGUCUUAAGCCUAUAAGGAAUUGCGACGUCGACCAUCGUGCGAUCAAAAACGAUAGUGAACAGAAUGGUAUUUACGAAGUUAGGCCUGGACACUCUAUGGUUCACCUCAUCAACGGCGCUGCUGGGAAUAUCGAAAGCCACGCUACCAUCAACAAGUCCCUGCCUAUACCCGACAUAACAGCUCAUCGGAACAUCACUAGCUUUGGCUUCUCCAAGUUGACUGUUUUCAACGCAACGACUCUGUCUUGGAAGUUCAUUCAGGGCCACGAUGGUAAAGUCGGCGAUGAACUCACGGUGCUGAAGAAUGCGUCUUUGACUUGCAAGGACUACAAAACUUAUAGCUCACCUAGCUCGUCCGGCUCGUCCGGUUCGUCUUGCGCUACUGAGUGCUCUGGAUCUGGUGUUCUGGCCUGGCUCUACUGCAAUGUCUAUUGUGCCAGCUUCGGGGAACCACUCAAGGUUUAA